AUGGAUGAGGUAGUGUCGUAUUGCACGCCGGCGGUUCGGUACUUCGCUGCGACCGAUAUCGACCCGAUGGGCCGAGACCGGUGCUACUUUGCAAAUGAUUUCGGAGCCCUAAUGCCCGAUUUUGUAUUAACCAACCAACAACAACAACAACAACAACAACAACAACAACAACAACAACAACAACAACAACAACAACAACAACAACAACAACAACAACAACAACAACAACAACAACAACAACAACAACAACAACAACAACAACAACAACAACAACAACAACAACAACAACAACAACAACAACAACAACAGUCGAUCACAUCCGACCUUCGGAAUCUCACAAAGGACAUGUUAAAGGGCCCGAAGGUCCGAAGGUCCACCGAAAUCUGCAAGUCUGGGAAAUCUGGGGGAUUGUCAUUGCCCGUCAGCUCUCCCGUUGCACUUUGUUGA